CCAGGAGAGCAGCCCGGCAAGCCCUAAGCGCCGUCUUCAGCAACGUGCUGCCUGCAGAGUGAUGGUCUUAAAAUGAAAAGGUGCUGUGAGGGCGUCAGGCUGCCAUGCCUGUUUAAGGGUGUUGGUAUGGCCAGCCCCCGGCCUCCCAAAUACCUCCUUGUCUUCGAUUUUGACGAGACCAUCAUCAAUGAGAACAGCGAUGACUCCAUCGUCCGGGCGGCGCCGGGGCAGACGCUUCCGGAGCACAUCCGACAGACCUUCCGCGAGGGCUUCUACAACGAGUACAUGCAGCGCGUCCUGGCAUACAUGGGGGACCAGGGGGUCAAGAUGGGGGACUUCAAGACUGUCUAUGAGAACAUCCCCCUGUCCCCUGGCAUGCCGGACCUCUUCCAGUUCCUCUCCAAGAACCACGAGCUCUUCGAGAUCAUCCUCAUUUCCGAUGCCAACAUGUUCGGCAUAGAAUGCAAUCUGAGGGCAGCCGGUUUCUACUCCCUCUUCCGCAAGAUCUUCAGCAACCCGUCCGGCUUUGACAAGAAGGGGUACUUCACCUUGGGGCCCUACCACAGCCACAAGUGCCUUGACUGCCCGGCCAACAUGUGCAAACGCAAAAUCCUAACGGAAUACCUGGCGGAGAGAGCCCAGGAGGAGGUGGAGUUCGAGAGGGUCUUCUACGUGGGAGAUGGUGCCAAUGACUUCUGCCCUUCCGUGACUUUGACUUCAGCUGAUGUGGCUUUCCCACGGAAGGGCUACCCCAUGCACCGGAUGACCCAAGAGAUGGAGAAGCAGCAGCCUGGAGCCUUCCAGGCCACUGUGGUCCCCUGGGAGUCGGCUACAGAGGUCGCCCGCUAUCUCCAGGACGUCCUCAAGAAGAAGUGUUGAGGAUGGCUCAGAAGAGACUUGCAUACUCUAAGCGGCUGGGAAGGGAGAAGCCGGGGGGGGGGGCAUGCUCUGUACCCCACGCUCAUCAGCACUGCUCGCUCAGCCCCCGCUCCUGGGUUGCUUUCCUGCCUUUUCUCUCCGAGCUCCUUUCUCCCCGGUGAUUAAAGCACUUUCUCUACGUCCCCCCUUCUCCUUCCCCCGCCAUGUUGCGACGAAGCCUUCUCUAUGCAGCUCGGACAUCUACCCAGCGUGGGUGUUUGCCAACACUAACGGUGAUUUUUUUUGUUGUUGUUUUUUUUCCUUCUUUUCCUUUCCCUUUUGAUCUCACACGAACAAUUCCUAAAGGACCAGAAGCCGGCUCCCUGCAGGCUGGGCCCUGCACAUGCUUCCUCCUGCCUUCAUCCCCCUCGCCUGUCUGACCGCCGCUGGCCACGCUGGGAGCCGCGUGUUUGCUGCCUUGAACGCGAUGCUCGAGGGCUCCUUGCCUCUUCGUCAGGCCACUGGAAAUUUAAUCGGGGGAACUUGUGCUGCCCAGGUUCCCGGGCUUGCCCUCUGCACCAUGCCUGGGCAGGGCAGCCCCUGGCUCAGCUGCGGAGCCUUGCAACGGACUUACUUGGCCCUUGAGACUUUCUUCUCUGAAAAAACAUGACAUGAGGAACAGGACGCUUUUUGGAAAGGUGGUACUUCGGGGAAAAAAACCUCCUCAAGCCCAUCCCCACCCACUCGCCCCAGGCAUGGCGAUUGCAUCCUGCUGCGGGGAGGAGGACCUGCCCUUGCCUUCCAUGUCCAUCCUCUGCUUCUGCUUCCAGGAGAAAAUGUCCCUUGUCCCUGGGGCAGACAGGUUCCUCCUUGCCCCAAGCCAUUACCAGUCAUCUCCUCGUGUUAGCUGGAUGUUAUUGACUCCGCUCUUAGCCUGGGGGGGGGAAUUUCCCUCCUAUGUGGUCAAGAGGUGCUGAACCUCCCCCCGGGGAGGUGUGGUGCUGCAGCACUUCUCCUGGCAUCGGGUCCUGGAGGCCAAACCACCCCCCCAAGCCCCCUUGCCCCACUGCAGUAUUAAUUGCCCCGUCUAAUUGCACUCUGCAGGGGGGGCUACAGUAUUUGCUGCUCUCUGGUGUUGGCUUCUCCUGGAUUUAUCCACAGCCUUACCGGCCCCUGAGGGUGGCUCGUAACUCCUCCAAAGCGUAGGAACGCUGGCAGCAAACCUGAGCAGUAAGGAAAUAACCAAAGCAGCCCCAAGUUGUUCCUCCUCUAUUUCAUUUCCCCUCUCUUUGUUCUUCCUUCUUCCUCCUCCGGAGCCUGUUCAACUGUGUGGAACUUAAAGCCAUGGAAUUAAAAAAACCCGACAUAUAGAUGUAUAUAGAUGUAUAUCUAUAUAUUGCAGGUACACAAGUUGCUUGUAUCCAGGACAUAAACCUGGGUGUGAAAUGGC